AUGGCCAAGAGAAGGCAAAAGAAGAGAACGCAUGCGCAGAUCACACCCGAGCAAGAACAGGGUAUUCCUAAGUCGAUGGUAAUCAGAGUGGGUCUGACUUCAUUGGCUAACCAUUCUCUGAACCAAUUAGUAAAGGAUUUCCGCCAAAUUAUGCAACCUCACACGGCUAUAAAGUUGAAAGAGCGGAAGUCCAAUAAACUGAAGGAUUUCGUUGUUAUGUGUGGCCCAUUAGGUGUUACUCAUCUUUUCAUGUUCACCCAAUCUGAAAGGACGGGAAAUGUCUCACUAAAGAUAGCUAGAACUCCACAAGGUCCUACCGUUACCUUUCAAGUAUUGGGCUAUUCUCUGGGUAAAGAUAUCAAGAAGUUUUUGAAGAGACCAAAAUCGUUGAAUAAUGAUGAUGUAUUAAAUCCUCCAUUGCUAGUCCUGAAUGGGUUUUCCACCACCAAAAAAUCUGGUGAAAAUGAUCAGGAUGUAAACGUGGAAAAGGUCAUUGUUUCCAUGUUCCAAAAUAUUUUUCCACCUCUAAAUCCGGCAAGAACUUCUUUGAAUUCUAUUAAGCGUGUGUUUAUGAUCAAUAAGGACAGAGAAACGGGGGAAAUUUCUAUGCGCCAUUACUUCAUUGAUAUCCGAGAAGUGGAGAUCUCUAGGAAUCUAAAAAGGCUUUAUAGGGCCAAAAACAAUUUAAGUAAAACUGUGCCGAAUAUGCAUCGAAAAGAAGAUAUUUCUUCUUUGAUAUUAGAUCACGACUUAGGCGCCUAUACAUCAGAAUCUGAAAUUGAAGAUGAUGCUAUUGUGAGGGUAGUAGAUAAUCAGGAUGUGAAGGCAAAGCAUUCUCAAAGUUCGAAGCCGCAAAGAACGCCGGUCGAAAAGUCAGAUAUCAAAGGGCAUCAAAAAGAAACAGAAGAAGAAGAUGUAGAAAUGGAGGGACCUAAAUUCUCAGAAACUCCCCAACCAACUCCACGUAAGAAGGCUAUCAAACUAACUGAAUUAGGACCAAGAUUAACUCUGAAACUGAUCAAGAUAGAAGAAGGUAUCUGUUCAGGUAAAGUGUUGCAUCACGAAUUUGUUCAGAAAUCAAGCGAAGAAAUUAAAGCCUUGGAAAGGAGACACGCUGCGAAGAUGAGACUCAAGGAACAAAGAAAGAAGGAACAAGAAGAAAACAUUGCAAAAAAGAAGGCCGUUAAAGACGCUAAGAAGCAACGUAAAUUGGAAAGAAGAAAAGCUAGAGCAGCAGAAGAGGGCGAAGAUCAAGAAAAAGGUGAUGCUAUGAGCGAUGACAAGUCUUCAUCGAGUGGAGAUGAGCAUUAUAGUGACGUACCAGAGGAUCUAGAUAGUGAUUUAUUCAGUGAAGUAGAAUAA